UUUGUGCUCACACUGCAGUUUCACAGAAGAAGACUGCCGUCAUUGUCCAGUGUCCUGUUUAUUUUCACUACCUGCAGUUAUGCCGGAUUUAGCGGUGGAAAAUGUCGUUGUUCAUCCUCUUGUGCUGCUCAGCGUAGUCGAUCAUUUUAACAGAAUAGGGAAAGUUGGCAAUCAGAAACGAGUGGUUGGUGUCCUGCUGGGAUCAUGGCAAAAGAAAGUUCUUGAUGUUUCAAAUAGUUUUGCUGUGCCAUUUGAUGAGGAUGACCGGGACGACUCUGUGUGGUUCCUGGAUCAUGACUACUUGGAGAACAUGUAUGGCAUGUUCAAGAAAGUAAAUGCCAGAGAAAGAAUAGUUGGCUGGUACCACACAGGACCAAAAUUACAUAAAAACGACAUUGCCAUCAAUGAGCUUAUCAAGCAGUACUGUACCAAUUCGGUGUUGGUCAUUAUCGACGUGAAGCCCAAAGACCUUGGUCUACCCACAGAAGCAUACAUCUCUGUAGAAGAAAUACAUGAUGACGGCACGCCAACAUCCAAGACAUUUGAACAUGUCACCAGUGAGAUUGGAGCUGAGGAAGCAGAGGAAGUUGGAGUGGAGCACUUGCUCAGAGAUAUCAAGGAUACCACAGUGGGAACUCUUUCACAGCGCAUCACAAACCAGGUUCAUGGCCUGAAGGGUCUCAACUCAAAGUUGUUAGACAUCCGCUCGUAUCUGGACAGGGUAGCAACAGGAAAACUUCCCAUCAACCACCAGAUCAUCUACCAGCUGCAGGAUGUCUUCAACCUGCUGCCGGAUGUAAAUCUACUGGACUUCACGAAGGCCUUCUACCUGAAGACCAAUGAUCAGAUGCUGGUGGUCUACUUGGCAUCGCUCAUACGCUCUGUGGUGGCUCUGCACAACCUCAUCAACAACAAGAUUUCCAAUCGUGAUGCAGAAAAGAAGGAGGGGCAGGAAAAGGAGGAAAGCAAGAAAGAUAAGAAAGAUGACAAGGAGAAAAAGGAUGAGAAGGAAAAAGGGGAAAGCAGUAAAAAAGAUGAAAAGAAGAAAAAAUGAGCUGUAUUUCAUUAAGGGCUUCUCAAAUUACACUUAUUCAUCUGGAUGUUGGUCUGCUUUGUGCUUGCUGUCACAAUAUGUGGGUCUCAGGCUAAAAGUAGGACUCUAUAUGAGGAACAGUGUCAUUUGAGAUUUGGCCUCACAGCUGGAACUCAUAAAGACUGUUAUCUUAUAGAUGCCGCAUUUGCAUUUGGCUGUUCCAGGUUAUUUUCACAGUUGCUCCUAAUGCACAUCAUCUCGUAUGUAUAUCUUUUUCUUUUUUUUUUUUCUUUUUUUUGUAAGGUGCGAAUUGUGUUAUUUCUCUACUACUCAUUGAAUUUGGAUCAUAUUAAAAGUUAUGUUUUACAGUUUG